AUGCCCUCGGAGGAGCUGACCCGCGCCAUGCUCUACGUGACCCUGACGGUGGUCGGCGUCCCCGGGAACCUGGCGGUGAUCUGGGCCUUCCUGCUGGCCCUGCACCAGGAGCGCCGCCUGCUCCCGGCCGACGCCAUCCUGCUGCACCUGGCCUCCGUCAACCUGCUGGUGGUGGGGGUGCGCUGCCUGCUGGAGACCCUCGCCUCUUUCCGCCUGGCCUCCGUGUUCGGCGACACGGGCUGCAAGUCGGUGAUCUUCGUGUACCGCACGGCGCGCUCCCUCUCCAUCUGGCUCACCUUCGUGCUCAGCGCCUACCAGUGCCUCAGCAUCGCGCCCCCGGGCUCGCGGUGGGCGGCGGCGCGCGCCCUGGCCGCCCGCUACAUGGCGGCCAUCUUCCUGGCGCUGUGGCUGGGCAACACCUGCAUGAGCUCGGCCGCCGUGCUCUUCUCCGUCGGCGCCGGCAACGGCUCCAGCCUGGGCAGCAACGGCAUCAACGUGCAGUUCUGCGUGGUGCGCUUCCCCACGCGGCUCUCCAAGGACGCCAACGGGGCGGUGCAGGUGGCCCGCGACGUGGUGCCCAUGGGCCUCAUGGCGACGGCCAGCCUCGUCAUCCUGGUCUUCCUCUACAGGCACAGCCGGCAGGUGAAGGGGCUCCGCUCUGGUGGCGGCGGCGGCGGCGGCGGCGGAGGUCGAGACGGGGCGGAGCGGCGCGCGGCGAAGGCGGUGGUGGCGCUGGUGACGCUGUACGUGGGGCUCUACGGCGUAGACAACGGCCUGUGGGUGCACACGCUGACGGUGAGGCGCACCAUGGGCUCCUCGCUGGUCUCGGACCUGAGGAUCUUCUUCUCGUCGCUGUACGCCGCCCUCAGCCCCGUGGUCAUCGUCGCCACCAACAGGAAGGUGCAGAGGAGGCUGAGGUGUGGCAGGGGGGAGAAGCACCGGGCGGAGAGCGCCACCGAGGCCACCGCCAUGUCCGCCAUGUGA